AUGUCCUCCAAUGCGCUGGCCUGCAUCUGUAAUGUGAUCAAUCCCUGCCGGAAUGAAGUAUCCAACACGUUUGUGGUUAUCCAGUGGCUCAUCACGGGCUUUGCGGCUCUGGCUCAAGUGGUGCGGCCCGUGCUGCUGCUCUUUGGCAUACGCGGGGAGGUGGCUUUAAGUCAGGAGGACUACAACAAGACCUGGAUCUAUAUGCCAAAUGGCGCGGGGAAGCCAGAGGUUGCCUAUUUGGUGGAACCACCGCCGGAAAACCGUAUCAAUCUGCCGCAGCUAAUAAAAUUUGAGCUGUAUGGAAGCGAUUCCUCUCUCAGCUCCAGUGCGGACUUCUGGAUCGACGACAACAACUUUGAGUUCACGCAGCGACACAAGCGCGAUACCUGGCAGGAAAUGGCCGAGAAAUUCAAUCCCGAACUGGACACCAAAAUCCUCGUCCACGGCUGGAAGUCCAGUACCAUGAGCAACUCCAUUCAGUCCAUCCGCGGGGCCUACAUAGAGCGCGGUCAGGUGAAUGUGUUCGCCAUCAAUUGGCAGGAUCAGGCGGACAAUAUAUAUUACCUGACUCCAGCUCGGUACACGGUUCAAGUGGGAAGAGCGGUGGCCAAAUUGAUCGAUCUCCUGGUGGAGGAAAAGGACGCUGAUCCUCAAAGAAUUCACCUCAUCGGCCACAGUCUGGGUGCCCACAUAAUGGGCUAUGCGGGAUCGUACACGAAGUAUAGGGUGAAUCGUAUUACAGGCCUAGAUCCUGCUCGUCCUGCAUUCGAGGAUUGUAUUGGGCCGGAGAAUCAUCUGGACGACACGGAUGCCAACUUUGUGGAUGUCAUACAUAGUUGUGCGGGAUAUCUGGGCUUCCGCAAGCCCAUUGGCAUGGUGGACUUUUAUCCGAAUGGCGGUGGUCCACCGCAACCCGGUUGCAAGGAGCUAUCCCAGAUUUUCACUGGUUGCAGUCAUGGACGCUCCUACGAAUAUUAUGCCGAGUCCAUCAACUCCCCAAAGGGUUUCUACGGUGUUCCGUGCUCGGGUCUGGACGAACUUAAGGGCAAGAACUGCACUGGCGGCAAAAUCCUAAUGGGUGAUCCAGUGCCCCGCGAUGCUCGAGGCAUCUUCUUUGUGAAGACCUCGAACAAGCCGAGCUACGCCCUGGGCAUUGACGAGAUCUUGAACAACUGA